AUGCUCAAUCCAUUCACCGUCCACAAAGACUUCUUUGGGUUUCCUGGGGCCUUAAUUCUGACAUUCAGCCUGCCUUUGGUGGUUGUUUUUCUCUAUGCGGCGUGCAAUGAGCGGUAUGUUGUCGAGGGGUGCAAUUUGCAGAUCAACACGAUCAGAAGCUUGUUUGCAGAGCAACUCACCAAGGAAACGUUUUUCAAUGCCAAAUGCUGGAUAGCAUACCUGGUCUGGUUUUUCGGUCUUGCAUUGCUGGAUCUUAUUGUUCCUGGCUACUAUAAAAAAGGCACAACGUUGCGUGACGGAACACAUUUGACGUAUCUUAUCAACGGCAAGGAACUGAGUCUUUUGCUCUGUGGAGCUUUGGCAGCAAGAGCCUUGUACACAAGGGGCAAUGUGCCCGAGCUUCAGUUUAUUUAUGACAAUUUUCUGCCCCUAAUGGUCGUUUCCUGGGAAUUUUCUCUUAUUCUCAGCACGUUUGUCUACCUGUGCUCAUAUUUCCCUCUGAGACGGCCCAAUGGCGCAGGAACGUACGAGCGCAUUCUUGCGGAGGGUGGAAACUCAAAAAACGUCGUUUUUGACUGGUUUAUCGGCAGGGAACUCAACCCCAGAAUAGGACCCUGGGACAUCAAGCUAUUUUGCGAGCUACGGCCAGGAAUGCUGCUUUGGCUGCUGAUAGACCUCUCGUGCGUCCAAAAACAGUAUUUGGAGACUGGAACGGUGGCUAACUCGCUCUUGUUCGUUGUUGCGAUGCAAUCCUUCUACAUUUUCGACGGUGUGCUCAACGAGGAAGGCGUGCUCUCCAUGAUGGACAUUACCACUGACGGAUUCGGUUUCAUGCUCGCAUUUGGCGAUCUUUGCUGGGUCCCGUUCACGUACUCCCUGCAAGCAAGAUACCUCUCGCUCAGGCCUGUGCAUCUGUCUUCGGCAGCCUUCAGUGGUGUCGUGGCCAUCAUGGCCAUUGGAUACUACAUUUUCCACUCGUCCAACAGCCAGAAGAGCAAGUUCCGCCAAGGACUACUUCCACACAUGAAGAGCAUCAAAACAGAACGCGGAACAAGCUUGUUGGUCGAAGGAUGGUGGGGACUCUCCCAACAUAUUAAUUAUUUUGGAGAUUUAUUGAUUGCAUUGAGUUGGUGUCUUCCAACAGGGUUUGGCACGCCAUUGACAUACUUCUAUGUGAUAUACUUUGCCUUCUUGCUGCUACACCGCCAGAAACGGGAUGAGCACAAAUGUCGAACCAAAUACGGCAAAUCCUGGACAGAGUACGAGAAGUUGGUUCCGUACAAGAUAGUUCCAUAUGUAUACUGA